UCUGCUCUCAUAUCCAUCGAUCUCUACCGAGUAUCAGUCAUCCACACCAUCGUCAUCACCGGCUGCGUCUUUGUAACAGCUCACAAGUAAGAUAAACGCCGCCAAGACGUAGAAGCGCCUCUUGUGAUUAUCACAGAUAUCACAGGCUUUCAGGCAUCUCCACCAGCCGGCCGAGACUAUCGCCGCCAAAGAAAGCCCCCAGUCGCCCGCAUAAAGUCAACAUGAGCGAUACGACUGCCAGUCCCACGGAGGAUCCCACCUCCUUGCCCAGCGCCACGCCCACCGAGUCAUGUCUGACCGAAUACGACUAUAAUAUGGCCGUCUCGUGGGAAAAAUACGCAUUUGGCGUAACGACCUACAUUUCGACCCAAUUCUGUACAAUCCUGCUACACGUUUACAUGCUGGCAAUGCUUGCAGAUCGCGUGCUGGCUGUGAAGGACAGGAAAACGAAACAAGUUUUUUUUGCGGCGGUCAUUGCGAACGUCUGCAACGCCAUACAUGUCAUCUUAGGGAACACCGUUAAGUUGUACUUCACGGUACCCGGGAGCAUUUUAUAUUAUGCAGUCCGAGCCCUGAUAUUCACAUCGCAAGCGCAAUUGGCAGUAUACCUCAAUUUCUGCCGGAUCGAGCAAGCACUGAGACGGACUGCUCGCCCGAGGCUCGUCCAGAUAUUUACAUGUGCAGUGUUCCUCCAAUUCCCCAUCACCUUGGCGAACGAGAUCAUCCCGGGGGCGAAAUACUUCAACUCUCUAGUCGACGAGAAUGCCGUUUACAAUAUGACAAUGGUCAACGUCGAGUGGGUCUAUGGAUUUCUCCUGGAUGUGGCGAUCGGCGCAUACACAGCUAAAGCGCUCUACGAAACCGCAGCACACAGCAACGCAAAAGAUCACCUUCAUUUCAUUAUUGGACAUAUGUUGCGAAUGGCGCUUUUCCUCCUCUACGAUGUCCUCGCAGCCACCGCAAACAACUACCCGGGGAACGACGAUUUAUCGCUCAUGGCUACGGUGCUCUGGGCUCUGAAAGCCCUGUAUUUGAAACCAUACCUGCUGAUAACGGAUAUGGCCCGCGUACGGGCCAUCGGUGAGGCCAUGAGCGAUCCUGGGCAAAACGACAACACCUAUGCAGGAAGUACAAGUACAAAGAACACUUCUCAGCGGAAAAGCAAGAACGGCGCGCAGAAGAACAUGGAGGCUGCGGGUGAUGCAGAAAUUGAAAGGAGCUCAUGGGCAAAUCCCGCCGACGAGGACAUCCAUAUAUAAUUCAGCUAUAAGCGGUCUGACAGCUUUCAUAAAACCAUAGGCAGAGUAAUCUAGCGCACCAAACUCAACUUAUGGGAAUCGCUAAACACAGUUUGGUUUCCGCCUCAUCCGCCUCAACCAAACA